AUGAAACCAUUAUUUAGAGAAUAAAUUAAUAAAAAGAGCUAAAACUAACCUAAGGGCACAAUGAUUAAUAAAAAAAUAACAAAGAAAAUUGGACCAAGAUUGACAAGAACAAUUAAAGAGACAUUGAAAAAUGCUCAAGUCACUCAACCUAGUGCUGGUAUGAGAAAAUUACCAAGAUAGAAUAGAAGAAAUAAAUUAGCUAGAUAGUACCUUUUAAGAAGAAAGCUUUGA